GAUUAAAAGUUAGGGAUCGCAAAAGCAAGGCACUGAUCCUACAAAAAUAUUUAUUUUAAUUUAAAUGGCAAUCCCGAUUAUAUUAUUGAAAUUAAAUGGCAAUAACUGGUUGCAUGUCUUGUCUACUCUACAUCUUGUUUAGGUGAUUUGAUCAAUUUUAUUUGAUUGGAAAUAAUAUUGCUUCGUAUAUCAACUAUUUCGCACUUUAUAUAAUGUAAUUUUGUUUAUAAUAAAUUUAUAUCAAUUCUUUGUAACCUUAUGAUCUCAAAGAAAUCACUGUGUUUAGAUUUAAGUUAUUGGUGUACAAGUAGAUUUCUUGGACUUAAAAAGCCUGUUAUAAGAUCCUGUGGAAAGCAAAGAUUUUGUUCAUUAGGACAUGUACGUUAAGAAAAGUAUCUAAAUAGUUCAUCAUUGUUUAUAAUUGUGUUUUAAUCAUUGAGUGCAUAUGAAUAAUGCCUACUGCAUCUGGCCCUGUAACAGUUAACAGUAAUUCUCUUCAAGAUCGAAAUGAGCAGUGCGGUAUUCGUGAUGUGUGGGCACAUAAUAUGGAGGAUGAAUUUAGGAUAAUCCGUCAAGUUGUUCAACAAUACCAAUAUGUAGCCAUGGACACAGAGUUUCCUGGAGUAGUAGCUCGGCCGAUUGGGGAGUUCAGGAGUACAGCAGAUUACCAAUAUCAAUUAUUAAGGUGUAAUGUUGAUUUGUUGAAAAUCAUACAACUAGGAUUGACAUUUAUGGAUGAAAAUGGAAAAUCUCCUCCAGGAUUCACAACAUGGCAAUUUAAUUUCAAGUUCAAUCUUACAGAAGAUAUGUAUGCUCAAGACUCGAUUGAUUUAUUGACAAGUUCUGGUAUUCAGUUCAAGAAGCAUGAUGAAGAUGGGAUUAACCCUUAUCACUUUGCUGAGAUAUUAAUGACAUCUGGCGUUGUCUUAUGUGAAAAUAUAAAUUGGAUAUCUUUCCAUAGUGGGUAUGAUUUUGGUUACCUGUUAAAACUCUUAACCGACCAAAAUUUACCUGCAGAAGAAUCCGAAUUUUUUGAACUGCUGAGAAUCUACUUUCCAACUAUAUAUGACGUGAAAUAUUUAAUGAAAAGCUGUAAAAAUUUGAAGGGUGGCCUGCAAGAAGUCGCAGAACAACUAGAACUAGAAAGAAUUGGUCCUCAACAUCAGGCUGGAAGUGAUAGUCUUUUAACUGGUGCCACAUUUUUCAAAAUGAGAGAGAUGUUCUUUGAGGAUAACAUUGAUGAUGCUAAGUACUGCGGACAUCUGUACGGACUUGGUACAUCGUAUGUUAUGAAUGGCAAUGCUACGCUUGAGGAAGCAUCUCCUAUCCCAACGACAUCAACUUCUUGACAAUUGUUGAUUUAAUUUCAUCGCAUCUUUUCAUCUACUGCAUCUCCUGAUUUGAGAUUGCAAUAUCAUGACAUGGUUUUAAUAAUUCCAGAGAUAUGUUGUACAUGCUAAAAAUAAAUUGUUAUUCUUUUAAAUUUCUGAAAACUUAAAAAAUAAAUAAAUAAACAUUGAAAAUCAUAAAGUCUUACAAGACUUUUACAGGAUGUAUCGUAUAUAUGCAUUUUGUAUUGAUUAAAUUAUUGUUUUGUCAUCAUUCAUGCUUCAUUGGAUUAUGUGCACAUUAUUUUGUUCUCAUUUUUUUAAAGCAGCUUAAAAGGCA